GGCGAGGAGUCAAAGCAAAGCUAGAUAGUGCUGUCCCAGAGAGCAAAGCUAGAGACUGAGAGGCUCAUGUGUGAGCAGUAGUCAUGUUCCUGUCACUGCCUACACUGACAGUGCUUGUCCCGCUGCUGUCCUUGGUUGGCUUGUUUUAUUCGGCCACCAUGGAUGAAAACUUCCCACAGGGCUGCACCAGCACCAGCAGCUUAUGUUUCUACAGUCUGCUGCUUCCUGUUACGAUCCCCGUGUACGUGUUCUUCCACCUGUGGACCUGGAUGGGCAUUAAACUUUUUAGACACAACUAAGGCAGGCAGACAGCCCGAGGGCACUGCCCAGUGAGCUCAUCAAUCACAGGGCCUCUGUGCUAGUUGUGUAGCUUAUCUUAGCUGUACACUAAUAUUAUAUUCCAUGUAACUGGGAUAGUCUCUUCCUCCCUUGCUCUCUCUCAAUAAUGAUGACCUUUAUCACCCUCUUCCUGGCACUUCACAAUGAUCUACAGAGGACUUUGUGUAUGACUGCUUAAUUUCUGCCAGGAAAGAUAAUUAAGUACAUUUGUCCUUGCCCCUCAAAAUCCAGAGGUGCACUGUAGUAGUGUGAAAGCAUAUUACAGUGGGUGUUUGUCUUUGCCCUGAAUGACUCCAUCUACUGACUGAGAUACAGUUUAAUUACUUACUCAGGUUGUUAAUAAUAAACAGUAAUGUGGGCUGCUCUUUAAA